CAACAUAUUGCCCGCUUUGUGAACUGGUGUAUUUUAGCGUUGGAAUCAUUUCAUGCCCGCGAACAGCUUUGCGCUUUAAAAAUGUAGAUGCGUCUAAAAGCAUGAGUACUACUAACGUGUAAAAUGUAGAGAUGGAACACGAAUGUCUGUUAUACUAGAAUGUCGGGAAAGAGAAUUUGGAAUAAUCAAGUAGCAGCAUUUUGUUUGGGCAAUCAGAAAAUGUUCGACACGCCCAUUGGAGGUCACGGGGAACUUCCCUUUGACCCGGUAGUGAAGAAGUACUAUUGGGAGUACGACGAAGAGGGCUGGCACAGACGUCUGUUCUCCGGUUAUCCGUCAGGCUGGUUUGGCUUAAAAUAUGGGUUUACAAACUUUGGACGAAAAUACAUCAUGAAAUUAUGGAAAACCUUCAUUUCUCUUAUGAAAUUACAGAAAAGCUCGUGGAAGGACAAACUCGUUUGGUCCGACCGCGAGGACUUUUCUGAAUCACUCUCGGAAUACAUUGAUUUAAUGGCUGAAAUGCAAAGUCUGUUAUCUAAUUCCUCUUGUAAACAUGAUUGGUUACGAUAUCUAAGUAAUCGCAAAAUCCGCCUUUCGUUAACGGAGAGCGGAUGGGACGUCAUUGAUGACGAUCAUGAUGCCGACAACAAUGAGUGGGUGAAGUGGCUGCUUCUCUUUCCCUUUGCUGGUUCAGGUAAAAAGGUUACAUGCAAAGGGACAGGAUUAGAUCUAGUAUGGUGUAGGGUUACACAUUACAAGCAUGAGUGUGGGGUGUCGGAUCUAUUUCAUAGAAGUUUCACAUGAUGUAGAGUUUUUAAAUCAUUCUGUUAUAGUAUUUAGCAAUUUGCUCGUUUUUCACUAUCUUUAAGGUACAAAGAUACAUGCGUUUUAAUUAAACACUUUCUAGUUCAGUAGUUGAAAGAUCCAUCUUUAAAACCCUCUUCAUUGCAGAAUUUUAAUUGGGUUUUGUAAAUAAGUAGCACCACUAAUUUCUAAUUACACAUUCUACAGUUAUGUCUAACAACAUUAAUUGUAAUAAACAUUUAUGAAAUUGAAGUAUGCAUGUUCAUGUAUUCUUUGAAGUAGACUGUUAUCAAAUUAACCAGAUUUCGUACAUAUUCAGGCUUGAUAUGUAACUUUGGCUUUGCUU